UCCCCUGUCAUAUCUUCAGUUUCCUCUUUUAUAAUCUGAUUCCCAUAACCUUCUCCUUCUAUCUUUAUCCCUCUCUUUCUCUCUCUCUCUAAAUUCAGUCAAACACUUAAGCUUGAUCAAUUCUUAAUUAUUACUGGUUUAUAUUAUUAAUUCACUGGAUUCCCUAAUCAUGGCCAAUCGGUGGUGGACGGAAGUCCAAUUGGGCCUGCAAGCGGCGACGGUGGCGGGGGCAGCAGCCAAACAGAAUGGAAAAUCCUCCGAAGAAGUAGAAGAGGAGCCCAAUGAAGGUGCUGUCGUUGGACCCAUUCGGAGACCCAGGGGCCGGCCGGCAGGGUCCAAGAACAAGCCGAAGCCACCGAUCAUCAUCACACGUGACAGUCCCAACGGUCUUCGUAGUCACGUGAUAGAAGUUUCAAGCGGUGCUGACAUGGUACAGAGUAUUUCCCGUUUCGCCCGCCGGAAUCAGCGUGGCGUCUCUGUUCUCAGCGGGAGCGGGACCGUUACAGGCGUCACAUUACGUCAGCCAGCUACACCAGGAGCCGUUGUAGCCCUACAAGGAAGCUUCGAUAUUCUGUCCCUAACCGGCACCUUCUUACCUGAACCGGCCCCACCCGGCUCAACCGGCCUCACCGUCUAUCUGGCGGGCGGACAAGGCCAGGUAGUGGGAGGCUGCGUCAUGGGCCAGUUAAUAGCCUCAGGACCGGUCAUUAUUAUAGCCGCCACAUUUUCUACCGCAACUUACGAGAGAUUGCCUAUAGACCAAUAUGAACAAGAACAAGAACAAGAAGAAGAAGGCCAAAGCUCAGAACAGGGUAAGUUACCGGAUGCUGUCGGCGGCGGCGGCGGAGGAUUGGGUUUUGCGGCACCAUUUAUGCGGCCCAUGUACAAUUUGACACCAAAUUUGACGGGAAAUGGUGGGCAGCAACUUAUUACCCAAGAUGGAAGCUGCUUCCCUAAUUGGACUCAUCAUCAUCAUGUUCGUCCUGAUCCUAAUUAUAAUUAUCAACUGCAAUGAAUUUGUGUG